AUGAGUGCAGCUGCAACAAAAGCUUGGGUAGUAGCAUCAAGCAUAGGAGCUGUGGAGGCGUUAAAAGACCAACUUGGUGUAUGCAGGUGGAACUAUGCUUUCAGAUCACUUCACCAACAUGCUAAGAGUAAUAUCAGAUCAUAUACUCAGACUAAGAAAUUGUCAUCUUCUUCUUCUGCUGCUGUUUCCAACAAGGUGAAAAGAACUAAGGAAGAAUCAAUGAAGAAAGUUAUGGAUUUGAAUUGCUGGGGUCCUAGCACUGCAAGGUUUUGA